AACCUUAACCAACUCCAACUUCACGAUGCGCACCUUCGAAGUUAACAACGACCGACUAGGAGUCCUCUGUGGCCUUACACAAGAUUCCGUCCCCCCGAGGACAAACAAGGCCCCCAACUCUCCGCCAGAAACAAAAUCGAGGUCAACCGGAGCUUCUCCCCCUCCGAAGAACGAGGAUAGGACUCCAGAGUCAAAGCCGGACGACCCAUCCCGACCCCGAAAGUCUAAAUUCAGGUUCAAGAGGAAGCGCCAGAAGGAUUCACAUCACCAUCGUAGUCCCUCAUCUCAUCUACGGUCUCAUCCCUCAAGCCGCCGCAAACGCUCUCAUCACAAGCCUCUGGAUGACGACCCGGCUGAGUACGACGACACAUAUAUACCCAAUCUAUCUUCAGUGAACUUCGCUACCGCAGAAGAUGCGUUUCGAGAAUCACUGUUUGAUGCUAUGGCGGAUGACGAGGGCGCUGCGUUCUGGGAGGGGGUCUACGGUCAACCAAUCAAUAUCUAUCCCCGCCCCGACGGCCGCGGGGAGCUAGAGAGGAUGACAGAUGAGGAGUACGCAGAAUAUGUACGAUCCAAGAUGUGGGAAAAGACACACGAGCACAUUAUCGAGGAAAGAAUCAGACGGGAAGAAGCAAGGAGGGCCAGAAGACACCGGGAUAAGGAGGAGCAGAAGAUGUGGGAGGAGGAGGAACGCUCCAGACGCCGAGAAGAGAAGGCUCGAAGAAGGCUCGGGGAUAAAGCCCGGGCUGAGAAUCAGUGGAAAGGAUACCUUGAGAAAUGGAGGGAGAUCUCGGCCGGCAAAGUGGAUGGGGAUAUUCCUUGGCCGGUUGAGUCUGGGGAACUGAAGGAUAUAGAGAAGGCGGCUUUGGAGCGGUUCUACACGGACAUCAGGGGCUGUCUAGGCGAAGAUGAAGGCCUUGUGGACGUUUUGAAGGUUGAGAGAAUUCGAUGGCAUCCUGAUAAAGCCCAACAGAGAUGGGGUAAGCGGGGCCUCAGUGAGGAGGAGCAGAGAGGCAUCACGGCUGUAUUUCAGACCGUGGAUUCGCUCUGGGUUGGAUACAAAGGGCGGAAGUAAUAAUAAUAAAAGAUAAAUAAAUAGCAUCCACAGUUGGGAUCUCUGGUUUUGUUUUUGCCCGUUUACUCUGGGUUCUCUGUGUACAGUACUGUUGGAGCGUUUUUAACUGGCUAGAAAACCUGUCUAUACGG